AUGACCCGGGGAGUGCCUGAGCCUUCCAGUUCCUGGGAACACAAUGGCAUGACCUUGAGUACUGCUGACCAGAGUGGGAUCCCCACAGCUGCCACAGGAGCCAGAGAUCCUGUCUGGAGCUCAGAACCCAAGGGGGCAGUGCUGGAAUGCAUUGCCACAGGCCACCCUCAGCCACUGGUCUGGAGCUACCUGGGUGGCUGCUCCAUCAGCGUAGGGGGCAUCCAAGUCCUGGGCCCUGGGAACCUCAUGAUCUCCGAAGUGUUGGUCCAGCACUCCAGAGUCUACGUCUGCGCAGUCAGUCAAUCAGCUCGGAACUCAGAUCCGACGAUAGCACAGAGCAUCCUGUUUGUGCAGGGUGAACCCCAAGGGCCAGCUAGGGAGUGUCCUGGGUCACCUCACCCUCCACGGGAACCUGGAUGA